CACCAUGCCUGAUCCCGCGAAGUCCGCGCCCGCCCCGAAGAAGGGCUCCAAGAAGGCCGUGACCAAGGCGCAGAAGAAGGACGGCAAGAAGCGCAAGCGCAGCCGCAAGGAGAGCUACUCGGUGUACGUGUACAAGGUGCUGAAGCAGGUGCACCCCGACACGGGCAUCUCCUCCAAGGCCAUGGGCAUCAUGAACUCGUUCGUCAACGACAUCUUCGAGCGCAUCGCCGGCGAGGCUUCCCGCCUGGCGCAUUACAACAAGCGCUCGACCAUCACGUCCCGGGAGAUCCAGACGGCCGUGCGCCUGCUGCUGCCCGGGGAGCUGGCCAAGCACGCCGUGUCCGAGGGCACCAAGGCAGUCACCAAGUACACCAGCUCCAAGUGAGUCGCUGACCACACUCUUGACCCAAAGGCUCU